CAUCUUGCUCAUCUUCCAAUUCGUUGCAGUCGCCAUUACGCUCUCGAGUCUUUUCUUGUUGACAUAAAAAAUGUGGAGACCUGCUACUCGCGAGGUUACAGGAACCAAUGAAGUUCCCCUGGGCACCCGUCGUCGGUUUGGACCCGCGCCCGCAGAAGAAACUGCGCGUCCGCAGCUUGCCCAGCCAUCCCCCUCUGCUUAUCCAAAACAGUCCAAUCAAGACCAAGACUCGAGGAGGGGGAGGGAGGAGACCCCCACCAAUUCUCAAGCUGACGCUAAUGGUGCUCGUAAAAGGCGCAGCCGCUGGGGAGAAGCAAAGACAGACAUCCCUGGUUUGCCCACUGCCAUCUCUGCUGCCGGCGUUUCUCAGGCACAGCUCGACAAUUAUGCAAUUCACCUUAGGCUGGAAGAGAUUAAUCGCAAGCUGCGUCUAAAUGAUUUUAUUCCGCCCGAGCGUGAGCGAUCACCCUCGCCCCCACCCACAUAUGAUGGCCACGGUCGCCGUACUAACACCCGCGAGGUCCGCUAUCGCAAAAAGCUCGAAGACGAGCGGAUUCGCCUCGUCGAUCGCGCUAUGAAGAAUGACCCCAACUUUCGGCCUCCUGUCGAAUAUCACCAGCAAAAACGUUCCCAACGUCCAUCCGAAAAAGUUUAUAUUCCUGUCAAAGAAUUUCCUGAAAUCAAUUUCUUUGGUCUUCUUGUCGGUCCUCGUGGCAACAGUUUGAAAAAGAUGGAGAGAGAAAGUGGUGCCAAAAUUAGUAUCCGUGGCAAGGGAAGCGUGAAGGAAGGGAAAGCUCGUCCUGACCAGUAUGCUGAUGAUGCAGAAGAAGAUCUCCACUGUCUCGUUCUCGCUGAUUCCGAAGAGAAAGUUGCAGCAUGCGUGAAGAUGAUUAACAGGGUCAUUGAAACAGCUGCCUCCACUCCCGAGGGUCAGAAUGACCACAAGCGCAAUCAGCUCCGCGAGCUUGCUGCAUUGAACGGUACCCUUCGCGACGACGAAAACCAGAUUUGUCAGAAUUGUGGUGGUCUCGGUCACCGAAAAUACGACUGUCCAGAACAGCGCAACUUCACAGCUAACAUCAUAUGUCGUGUUUGUGGUAGUGCAGGCCACAUGGCGCGCGACUGUACUGUUAACAAGGAUCCCAACGCUAUCGCUAUGGGCAGCCCGCCUCCUAUGAACAAGGGAGGGUUCGAUUCUGAGUACGCUAGCUUGAUGGCAGAGCUUGGCGAGAGUGGCAGAGGCACAGGCGGUGAUACUGCCAAGAGCUCGUGGGGUGUCCCCAGUGCUGGUCAUGACAUCACUGCAGGCGGGUCCAACAUUCCACCUUGGCGUCGACCAGAGUCCUGGCAAUCCAACAAUCCUCCACAAAACCAGGGGUAUCGGCCACCGCAAGCUUACGGUGGCUAUGGCGCUCCUGGGUAUGGCGCGCAAUGGGGCCAGCAAGGCUACCCAGGUUACGGCUCACAGGAUUAUGCAGCGAACUACGCCCAGUACUACCAACAGCAAUAUGCCCAGCAACAGCCCUCUUAGUGACGAGUCUUUGCCUGUC